AUGCCUGAGCUCGUUGCAGCAAAUGUCGAGGGUCUUUAUUGGAAUACCGGAAAUUUGCUGCAUGAACUUGUAGUCUUGGAGUUUUGCACAUGUGAAACAGAGUGGGAUCUACUUAUGUCUCUGCUCAAACCUUCUCCAAAACUACGAGCUCCCAAACUCAACGAGAGACAUGAUGACCAUUAUAUUGAGGAUCGAAUGCAACACUUGAAUGAGCCAAUCACUGUUCCUCAAACGUUGAUGUUGAUGUUCGGUCUUGAAACUUUGGAGUGGAGAAACUACAGAGGAUUGAAUACAGAGAAAGAACUUGAGGCGUUUAUCUUGAAACAUUCUUGUCGUUUAAAGACAGCGAUAUUCUCACCAGUAGAUGACGCCGAGUUAGAGAAGAAAUAUCGAAUGCUCACAGAGUUAGCACUUUCGUGUAGAGGUUCGACGACAUGUCAGCUUGUGUUUGGCUGA